CCUCACGUUUCGGGCAUGACAGCAGUUCCCUCAGGUAGAGCUUUGUAUAGACUGCUUGCAGGCGGUGUACGCUAAUUAGGCGCACUGCAAGCUGGUCGGCGCACGCCUGGGCGCCACACAACAUAGUUUGUACCCACCGAGCAGCCUAUUACACACGUUGUUGAAGCAUCUAUUCCAAAAGUAACUUAGCUCGAAGUCUGUCACGACGGCGGGUUUGUGGCCCUGGAGGCCGUUUUCGCCGCUGAGCUCCUUCAACACGCCGGCCCAUUAUCAAGCAUAGUAUCGCCCUUUAACUACAAUACUGAUAUUGAUGAGCCUCCUAAAUGCCCGCGGCGGGGCUGGCGCCCAUUCAUCAGCGACCGGAUGGCCCAGCGUCGCUCGCGCUCGGUCGGUGACGCUUUGCCGCGCCUCCGCUAAGCCGGACAGCUCGGUCCGAUCAGCAGCAGUAACGACCAUCGAGCGGCCCUCGCCCACCACCUCCCAGCCGAGCGGCGCCACUUCAUCCGGAGCGGUCGGCCCCGCCCGGGAAGCAGCCCCACCCGCGCUGAGCACCUCGAGCACCUCGAGCGCCGCGGCCACCGCGGCCCCGCCCUCGCUCUCCCGCCGCGACCCGCGCCUCCUCGCCGCCAUGGCUGGCGCCCUGACCCUGGUGGGAGAGGCCUGCUACAACCGGCUGUCAUCGCUACAGCCGGAGCAGCUGCCGGCGCUGGAGGCUGUGGCGGCGGCGCUGGGCGGCGGCGCGGCGGCGGCAGCGGGCGUGGCGGCAGCGGGACUUGGUCUGGCCAAGCUGGUGAUGGGGGAUAAAUUCCACGUGGAGCUGCUGCGCGGCCGCCUGUACAUUGUGGCGGGCGUGCCCUCCGCCGGCCCCGCCGUGGCCCCGGGCGCGGUGGUGGUGCGCCCCACCGGCGACGUGCGCGGCAACGGCGCCUUCGCCGCCGCCUCCAUCCCCGCCGGCACCUGCCUGGGCGCCUACAGCGGGGUGCUGCUGGACACAGAGGCCUUCGACGCCAAGUACCCGGACGGAGCGGGCGACUACGCCAUGGCUGUGGACGAGCGCCACGUGCUCGACGCCGCGCACCUGGCCCCCGACACCGCCGCCUUCCACCCCGUGCACAUGAACCACAGCCGCGCCCGCCCCAACGUGGGCCGCUACUACCGCCGCGCCACACGCACCGUGCUGUUCUUCACGCUGCGGCGGGUGGAGGCGGGCGAGGAGCUGCUGUACGACUACGGGCGGCGCUACUGGCGGGGGCGGGAGCACCUGGAGCUGCCGUGAGGGGCGGAGGGGGAUGGAAGGGGGUCGUGUGACCGAGAGCCAUAUGAGUGGAGAGGUAGAGUGUGUGUUUUGCGUUUGUGUUUUGUUUAGGAGCGUUUGCGGAGAGCCAAGAAACCUUGAAACCUGCAUAAACCGUUUCCGAAACCCAAAGCCGGGCCAGGGGCCGGCGGGCCCUCUUUCGGGCGUCUGGCUUCACGCGGGUGCCCCAUUGCGAACCACACUGCAAAAUGCGGGAGGUGCGUACGUGAUAAACCCCAAUGCUUCACUGUGUUGGAUAGCGCGGGGGCCCCCGCUGCAUGGUGCCUGCUGGGGUGCACCUGGCGGCAGGGCGUGGUGGGCGGGUGGCGGCGGUGGACUGGAGCCUUGUGCGCGGGGAAGAAUGCAAUGGGCACUGCCAACGCCGACGGGCGACGAAGAAUGGAGUUUGUGUGAGCGAGGGGUUGCGAGUGCCCACAAGUGCGGUGGGCUGCACUGCAAUUUGCAAGGAGAGUGAUAUGCUCGAGUGUAAUGCUUGAUUCAUCCUUUGGAUCAGUUCUUCAGCUGCACCGGUUUUGAUGCAGACUGCCUACGGCUGAUAAGGUCGCAGGCUCGAAGCCCUGGCAUUCAUGGGAGGAGAGGGGCUUCAUCCUGCCAUCUACCACAUGGAUGUGUGUGCACGUGUGUGUGUAUGUGUGUGUGUGUUUCUGUGUGUGUAUACGUAUGUGUGUAUGCGUGUGUUUGUGUGUUUGUGUGCUGUUUGACUGCUCAUGGAGUUUGCGUGUAGGUGGGAAUGAGGUACCCAAGUAUGUGCCGCGGGUUGUGAUGUGGUUGUGUCGCUUCAAGGGUGGUUGUUGCCGUGCAGCGCGUUUGGCUGCUGUUGAUACGGUGCCCGCAGUCCUGACGCACACAAUAUGCUU